CGCUGCACUUUGACCUUAUCUUUAUAUGUAACAGGAAAGAGCCGUUCUUAGCCCAGAGCGRGGACACCGCGCCUCAGGAGCGGCCGGGCACAGAGCAGCAAUUUCAUCAGACAUGGAUGUACUUUAUGGCAGGAAUAAGGAAGAACACCCCGAGCCCAUAAAAGCUGWGGUGCAGGGUCAGCUGCCCACUUGGUUGCAAGGGAUACUCCUCCGAAAUGGCCCAGGGACACACACAAUAGGGGACAGCAAAUAUAACCACUGGUUUGAUGGCCUGGCUCUGCUGCACAGCUUUACAUUUAAAAAUGGUGAAGUUUAUUACAGAAGUAAAUAUCUGCGAAGUGACACGUACAACUGCAACAUAGAAGCAAACAGGAUUGUGGUGUCUGAGUUUGGGACUAUGGCUUAUCCAGAUCCAUGCAAAAACAUAUUUGCCAAGGCAUUCUCCUAUUUGUCUCACACCAUUCCUGAGUUCACAGACAACUGCCUGAUCAACAUUAUGAAAGCUGGGGAUGAUUUUUAUGCUACCAGCGAGACUAACUUCAUCAGGAAAAUUAAUCCACAGACUCUGGAGACAUUGGACAAGGUUGACUACAACAAAUAUAUAGCUGUAAAUGUGACAACUUCUCACCCACACUAUGACAGUGAUGGAAAUGUUCUCAACAUGGGCACUUCAAUAGUUGAUAAAGGGAGGACAAAAUACCUUCUAUACAAGAUUCCUUCUUCUGUGCCUGAACAAGAAAAGAAGAAAUCUUGUUUCAAGCACCUGGAAGUGGUUUGCUCCAUCCCUUCUCGCUCUCUGCUCCACCCCUGCUACUACCACAGCUUUGGAAUCACAGAGAAUUACAUUAUCUUCAUCGAGCAGCCCUUCAGACUGGAUAUUGUCAAAAUGGCAACUGCUUACAUCCGAGGUGUCAGCUGGGCUUCCUGCCUUGCCUAUAACAAGGAUGAUAAGACUUGGUUUCACUUUAUAGACAGRAAGACCAAAAAAGAAUUGUCCACCAAGUUUUAUACCGAUGCUAUGGUGUUUUUUCACCAUAUAAAUGCUUAUGAAGAGGAUGGCCACAUUGUUUUUGAUCUUAUUGCCUAUACAGACAACAGCUUGUAUGACAUGUUUUAUUUAAAAAACCUGGGUAAAGACUUUGAAGAGAACGUCAAGCUUACCUCCGUACCAGCCUGCAAACGAUUUGUGAUUCCUCUGCAGCAUGACAAGGAUGCUGAAGUGGGUUCUAAUUUAGUCACACUUCCCUGUACUGCAACUGCUGUAAAGGAGAAAGAUGGGAACAUCUAUUGCCAACCUGAAAUYCUGUGUGAAGGGAUAGAACUGCCUCGCAUCAACUAUGACUAUAAUGGCAAAAAAUACAAGUAUGUCUUUGCAACAGAAGUCAAGUGGAGCCCAGUUCCUACAAAGAUUGCGAAAUUUAAUACCCAGACAAAGGAAAUGCUCCACUGGGAACAGGACCACUGCUGGCCCUCCGAGCCCGUUUUUGUUCCCCGCCCAGAUGCAAAAGAAGAAGAUGAUGGCGUUGUUCUGACCUGUGUGGUGAGGAGUGAUCCAAAGGAACCACCUUUCCUUCUUAUCUUGGAUGCUAAAACAUUCACAGAGUUGGGACGAGCCACGGUAGAUGUAGACAUGCAUCUGGACCUGCAUGGGAUGUUUAUACCAGAGCAAGAUGUGAAAACUCAGACUGAGUAAAAUCUAUUUGUUGUAUUGCACAGACUGAGAUAACCUUCUACUGAAUGUGGRCAUAAUAUCUUUCAGGAAUGGCCUUCUCUUAUGAUAAGAAAUGAGUAAUUAUAACCUCUUCAAUAUCUAUAUAUAAUCUCUUAUAAGAGAUAGAAAUGACUUUAUUGCAAAUUAUUGUGAGCACAGCUGGUAUAUUACUAUUCCUAAUGAAGAAUUACCAUUAUGAAAUGCUGAUAUGUUGGAUACAUCUUGUGGGGCAGGGAAUAGGAGACAGAGGUAACAAGAAAUAUUUUAUUUGAGUAGAAUAAAGCUUUCUGAGCAAAUGAAGUAUUGCAUUCAUAGGGUGACGCAUGGCAUGAGUCACAAAUGUCUGCAGGUCAUGUAACUUCCAUAGGCUGUUGCAAGACUGCAGCUGACAAUGAAAGUUGUCUCCUGCCAGAAAAACUCAUGCUAAACUAUUUGCUGUGAUACCAAUAAUUCAUGUCAAUGUAUUCUCUUGGUGCUUGAUUUCCUCAACUCUACUAUAACCAAAGUAUUAUGCUGAGGUGCUACAUUUUUCUUUUCCAGAACCUAAACCCCACCCCCCAGCUCUUCUAAUAAUUUCAUGGUGUAUUUUUUGCUUUUAUGUUGACAAAACCAAGUAACUUUAUUGAAAUAGAGUAGACGGUUAUAUGUAACAUUCAAUUAUACUUUAGUGGCAUUUAAUCUUAAGCACUUUGUAUUUAAAUCAGUUUUCMUUGGGCAGAAUAUCUGCCAUGGCAUUUCAUGUAAUUAGAUGAUUACAUUGUGUAAAAUAUAAGAAUUGUAGUAUUUGAUAUUGCUACUAGUCUCUGUUAAUAGAAGUAUGUGUGUGAAUGAGGGCAGUGCAUUUCCAGAAGCACUCAGACUCAUAUGUAACAAAUAGCUUAGGAACAAAGUGUAAGUCCUAAUUUAGGCCUCAUCUGARCCCCACAGUAGCUGAGACUAGAAGCUGUUAUUGCCAUAACUAAGCAUUGGCUUUAUGUCUGCUUAUGUUCUCACAUGUGUUUGCCAUUGCCUGUACCAGAUGCUUCGUGAUAAAAGUGCACAACUCUCACUCACAGUCACAAAUAAAAAGCACAUUUCAACAUAAAAUUCAAGUGCCAAAUACAGUGUGACUGGUUGUGUCACAGAAAUGACAUUUCUUACCCCUGAGUGUGUUCCUGAUUUGAGGUAUUGAGUUUUCUUUAAGUGAGAGAUUUUUUUGCUUCAAAUUGUAUUUUCUCAUUGUGGAUAUCUUUGCUGCUGGAGGCAUCUUUACUGAUGGAGAAAACCAGAUGCAUAUCCAUCUAUUUCAGGUGUUCAUCUGGUGUGUCUGUAUCAUCACACAACUCAGGWACCUUUCACUUUUACACACAUAUUCCCAGUGUCUGUGCUGCUCACAGUGUUUCACAGGUGGGAAACAGAAUGAAAUUGUUGUGAUCUACUCCCUCCCCACCACAUGAGAACCGAGGCU